AUGUCUGGCCGUGGCAAGAGCGGCGGUAAGGCCCGAGCUAAGGCCAAGUCUCGCUCGUCCCGGGCUGGGCUGCAGUUUCCGGUCGGGCGCGUUCACCGGCUGCUGCGGCGCGGGCACUACGCGGAGCGGGUGGGGGCCGGUGCGCCCGUGUACCUGGCCGCCGUGCUGGAGUACCUGACGGCCGAGAUCCUGGAGCUGGCGGGCAACGCGGCGCGCGACAACAAGAAGACGCGCAUCAUCCCCCGCCACCUGCAGCUGGCGGUGCGCAACGACGAGGAGCUCAACAAGCUGCUGGGCGGCGUCACCAUCGCGCAGGGCGGCGUCCUGCCCAACAUCCAGGCCGUGCUGCUGCCCAAGAAGACAGGCGGCGGCGGCGGCGCGGGCCCCACCAAGGCCGGCAAGAAGGGCAGCGGGCAGCAGUCGCAGGAGUACUAAGGCGGCCGGC